GUCACCCACUUUCAUUUUCACUCUUGGCACCUCGGCUGGGUCCUGCUGGGCCGAGCUCCCCGGACCCGAACCCGGACCCCCACCACAUCCCCCCGCCCGGCUGGGGGCUCCUGCCCCGCCCUGCUCCCGGACGCCUGGGUCCUGCUGGGCCGAGCUCCCGCACCACAUCCCCCCGCCCGGCUGGGGGCUCCUGCCCCGCCCUGCUCCCGGACGCCUGGGUCCUGCUGGGCCGAGCUCCCGCACCUCAUCCCCCAGCCCGGCUGGGGCCUCCUGCCCCGCCCUGCUCCCGGACGCCUGGGUCCCUGAUUGCUGCCGUGGGGAUGGGGCCCCGGAAACACCUGCUGCUGGUGUGGCUGGUGCUGUGGUUCCUACUCGGCCUGGCUGAGCCAGCCCCCGACGGGCCCCACAGCCUGGCCUAUCACUACGUGGGCACCUACGAGGCCUCGGGGCUGCUGGAGUUCGGGGCGGCCGGGCUGCUGGACGGGGCCCCCAUCGACGGCUACGACCGCGCCGCCCGCGCCAAGGUGCCCGCCCAGCCCUGGGUGGGGGAGGGGCUGGGCCCCGAGUACUGGCGCCAGGGGGGGGCCUCGCGGGCCGCCAAGGAGGCCUGGUUCCGGCGCAACGUGGAGACCCUCAAACGGAGAAGCAACGAGACGCAGGGCCGCCACACGCUGCAGUGGGCGCUGGGCUGCGAGCGGGAGCCCGGGGGGCUGGUUCGCGGCUGGUACCAGUUCGGCUACGACGGGCAGGACCUGGUGCUGUUCGACCGGGGCAACCGGCGCUGGCUGGCGGCUCUGCCCUGGGCUGAGGCCACGCGGCGCCGCUGGGACGCGCAGCCCGAGGUCGGGGAGCGGCUGCACCGGUACCUGGGGGACACCUGCCCGGAGUGGCUGGGCCGCUUCCUGCGCAGCCGGCGCGCCUGGGCCAGGAGGGCAGCUGCCCCCCAGCUGCAGGCCUGGUCCCGCCCAACCCCCGGGCACCCGGGCUGGCUGACUCUGGGGUGCCAGGCCUGGGGGUUCCCCACGCGGGACAUCGAGGUGUCCUGGCUGCGGGGGAACGCGACGCUGCCGGGGGCCGAGGCGGGCGCGGGGCUGCCCAGCGACGGGAGCUACCAACGCCAGAGCCGCCUGCCUGGAGAGAGGUGA